CUGUAUAAGGUUACCCCAAACAUUUCAAGUACUUCCGUCAGGUCAUUCAGUGUCCCUUCUUGUACCUUAAGGCUUCAGAGGACACAUUAGCUGUUGCUGAAAAGCUAUUUCACUGUGAUCAGGUUUGGGGAAACUUCGUAUUCAUUUAAAAGGGACUCAUUAUGCCUUUCGAAAUCCUCUGCUGUUUAUUUCCAGAAAACAAUUGCACCGCCUGCCCGGUUAUUCUGAUGCAGCAACUGAGUGAUUAAAGCAACACAGAGACACAUGUGCGCUACUAUAACACCACAUUACAACACCGAACCCUUAAAGACAUCACUUCAACUUCAGAAAUCAAUUAAAUCAGUUCAAAUGUACCUGAAUUUGAAGAGAAAUCACCCCUCUGGUCGUCGAGCAGAGUGGACGAUGCGACUAUCCAAUGCAGCACACGGGGCGCAGGAUGAUGACGUCACGUUGAGCGCUCGACGACAACAAACAUGGAGGAGUAUGCCCGUGAACCCUGUCCCUGGAGGAUUGUGGAUGACUGUGGAGGAGCAUUCACCAUGGGUACAAUUGGAGGAGGGGUGUUCCAGGCCAUCAAGGGCUUUCGUAACGCCCCUGCAGGUGUGGGACACAGACUGAGAGGAAGUGCAAACGCAGUGAGAAUACGAGCUCCACAGAUUGGAGGUAGCUUUGCUGUAUGGGGCGGACUCUUUUCCACAAUCGACUGUGGUUUAGUCCGCCUGAGAGGAAAAGAGGAUCCUUGGAACUCGAUAACGAGCGGUGCACUGACUGGUGCCAUCCUAGCUGCACGAAGUGGGCCGUUAACUAUGGUGGGCUCUGCAAUGAUGGGAGGAAUUUUACUCGCCCUCAUUGAGGGAUUCGGGAUCCUUCUCACUAGAUACACAGCGCAGCAGUUUCAGAACCCUGUUCCUUUUGCAGACGAUCCCAGUCAUCUCCCUCCAAAGGAUGGGGGUCAGCAGCAGCAGCAGCAGCAGCAGGGGGGCAAGGGGCAGUUUCAGUAGAGAGCAGCAGGGACUAAGAUCAGUGGUGGACACAGAGAGAAGGAGGACAUCGGACACUACAGCAGGUAUCAGGGUGAACUGAAGGUGAAGACACUGGUCCCUCCAGCUGUGUCUAGUAUUUGCACAAUGUGAUUAAACCUCAGGGGGAAAUAUGAGUUCAUGUCUUUAAGUAGAAAGGGAUCCCUCUGAUAGAUUUUACUUUUGCACCACUGGGAUCUCAUGCACUAUUCUUUUAAUUUGUCUCCUUAUCCUAAGAACCAGAAAAAUCUGCACAAGUAAGUUUUAUUUUCACAUUCGACCAAAGAGAGAGUUUAGAUUCAGUCUGAUUCAGCACAGACCAAUAAAAAUGACCCAUCUUAUAAGCAGCUGUUCAAGACAUAUCUGCAAACAACUAAAGAUGACUGCAGCUGAUGUGCAGCUUUAAACUAACCACACUGGAGUUUAUGGAAAACCAGUGAUUACAACGCUACAUCGCACAUCUAACUGAUCUUAUUAUUGGAAUGUCUGGAGGCAUUUUGGUCGGGCAUUUUUGAUAACUCCCUGUAGAAAUGACUAUAAAAAAACGAGGUUACUCUGUCAGAACUGAAAGGUUAUGACAGGCUCAACCUUUGAGGUGUGAAAUGUAAACAUUUUUGAUUGUUAAAAUAAUCUAUAUAAUGAAGAAAUAGUUUGAGAUAUAGAGGAAUAUUUUUAUGUACUUGCUAGAUAGACGACAUCCUAAUGUGUUUUUUAAAGAUGCUGCUUCAGUCAGCAGCUCUCUGACUCAGCACAGAGACUGGGAUAAGGGGAAAGAGUAAGCCUAGUUUUGACCAAAGACAACAAGUCUCAUGUUGUUUAAUUUGUGAAAACAAACAACACUUGUAGUUGGAGUUUGAGCUAGACCCUUUUGGCCAGCCAUAGUUACUGACUUUAGUUGUUAUUGCAGAGAGGUGGUGUCUAACUUAUCCUGAAAGUAGAGAGCAGGUAUUUAACAUGUGUUUUCAAAUUGUCACAAUUUAUUUAAAUAUGUAUUUAUUGAAGCCUCUAAAGUGUUUUACAUCUAUGCAAAGACCGAGUAGUGAUGUUUUUUUCCUGAAAUUAUUAUGUCAAGAAUUUUAUUGAAAUGAAUGUUUAGACUCUAUCUGUUACAGGGGCAGCAAUAACAGCGAAUGUUAAACUGAAAGCCCCCAAAAAACCUUAAUCUCCCCUUAGAAUGAAGUUGAGUACUUAUUUUAACACAUAUUUGGUAAAGUUCUGAGUAAACAAUUACUAUGGUUGGGAAAAAAACCAAAUCAAAGCAAAUAUAGAUGACUCUAGAC